AUGGCUCUGUGGACAGCAGUAUCCUUCUUCCUGGCGUACUUUUUGGGUGUUCAUUGUUGGCAUGAUCUGGACAACACGGAGUAUGACUGCUGGCCUAGCAACAAUCCAAAUGAUUACAACAUGAUAAGUUGUGGUGGUCUGGAGAUGGCUUGGGUGCAGCGCCCUCCAGAGAAAGUCACGAAUGGGGAAGAAUUCAAUGUUUCGUACACAGUCACAGCCUCGGAUUCCUUCUACGACUAUGCUGUCCGCAACAAGAUUUUCCAGUUCAGUGACGCUGCGGAGGCAAAGAGGUUCUGUCAUGAUCAUGAAUGUCCGUCCAACUGGAACAACGCCAAUGAAAUAAAUUGCUGCGUGUACCACGCCAACAUCCACUCUUGUCCCUUAGGCCUCAUGAAACAAGGCGGCAUCUGUGGCCCGUGGAUUCCUGAUGACGGCAAAAUAGUGACUCAUACAGUGUCCAAAGCAGGCAAGAUGAGCCAGAAAUAUUGGACGUCCAAGGUGGUCCUGAUCCAUGUGGGCGUCACUUCAGUCAUUGCUCAUAUUAAAAUAGGACAAAUGCACGCAGCAUUGGAAUCCAAAGUGCUUGUUGUCAGUGCUCAAGUGUGUGGGGAUGAUGUCUGUGAAUUGGAGGAGAAUUGCCUCAACUGUCCUGCUGACUGCGGUAUCUGUCCCAUGUCUAUGGCCAUCAAGGUGUCCAUAGGUCUCCCAGUCGCAUUUUUCAGUGCUGGAUUCAUCCUAACCAUGGUGUGGCUUCAGUACCAGAAACAGAAGAUGUUUUGGGACGAAAGCUGGAUCAUUGACUAUAAGAGCAGGGUCUUUGGUACAGACUUUGGCAGCACAAACAGCCCCCAACAUUUCAAGAGCACCUCGAAUGUCAGUCAGUUGACUGACAUAACCAUGUGCACCGGUGUCAACACCUUCUUCAAACAAGGUUUCAUCCAGCCCGGCAUCUAUGAUGGUAGGACGGUUGCAGUUAAACACCUCCAAAAGAAACACUUUGCUCUCUCAAAAAGUAUCAGGAAGGAGGUGAAAGAGGUCAGACAACUGGACCAUCCAAAUCUUUGUAAGUUUAUCGGGGGCUCGAUAGAGGUUCCCUAUGUUGCCAUUAUCACAGAGCACUGCCCCAAAGGAAGCCUGUCUGAUGUUCUACUCAAUGAUGAUAUCCCAAUCAACUGGGGAUUUAGACUGUCAUUUGCCACUGACAUUGCCCGUGGAAUGUCCUACCUGCACCAACACAAGAUGUUUCAUGGUCAACUUCACUCCAGGAACUGUGUUAUUGAUGAUCGCUGGGUUUGCAAGAUUUCAGAUUAUGGCCUUACACUCUACAGAAAGGAAGACUUUGAUGUGGUCAGUAAUGCUUUCACUUGUGGCGACAUAAACCGUGUCUACUGUGCUCCAGAGGUCCUCUUGGGAAGCAGCUCAACUAUGACACAAGCAGCUGACGUCUACAGUUAUGCCAUGAUCCUGGUUGAGAUAGCUACUCGCUCUGACCUCAUCUCAGCGGAGGGAGUGAGAAUGGAUGUCAUAUGGCGCCCUCCUCUGCCUGAACUUAAAGCAGGAAAAACCGACGUGGACUGCCCUAGUCAAGAAGACUACUGUGAGCUCAUCAAGAAGUGCUGGUCUCACAACCUCGCCACGAGACCUACAUUUGAGCAAGUGAAGAAGAUGCUGGACAAGAUGAACCCGCAUAAAGUCAGCCCUGUGGACAUGAUGAUGAAUCUGAUGGAGAAGUACAGCAAACAUCUGGAGGCCAUCGUUGCUGAACGAACACAGGACCUUCUUCAAGAAAAACAGAAGACUGAUCGCUUGUUAUACAGCAUGUUACCAAAGCCAGUUGCCGAUGACCUUCGCCAAGGCCGAACCGCAGAAGCCCAGAGCUUUUCCAACGCCACUGUCUACUUCAGUGACAUUGUGGGCUUCACUCAGCUGUCAGGGGCCAGCACACCCCACCAAGUUGUAGACUUUCUUAACCAGCUCUACACUACCUUUGACGACAUCAUUGACAAUUAUGGUGUCUACAAAGUGGAAACUAUUGGUGAUGCUUACAUGGUGGUCUCAGGGGUCCCGCAAGAAAAUGGCAUAAAUCACGCAGGGGAGAUAGCCAGCAUGGCCUUGGAUCUGGUCAAUGUUUGCCACACAUUCAAAAUCCCCCAUAAGCCUAAUACACAGUUGAAGAUUCGUGCAGGCAUCCACUCAGGGCCUGUAGUGGCUGGUGUAGUUGGAACCAAAAUGCCUCGUUAUUGCUUAUUUGGAGACACGGUCAACACGGCAUCACGGAUGGAAUCAACGAGUGAAGCAUUGAAGAUCCAAGUGAGUGGGGCCACAGCUGACUUGCUUCACACAUUGAGAGGUUAUAUUUUAACCUGCAGAGGGAUGCUAAAUGUUAAGGGCAAAGGUGAGAUGAAAACAUGGUGGCUGGAGGCCAAACGAAAGGAGUGCACAGAUCCGCUGCUGAGCACUUCAGAAUCUACAGGAGGUCCCGUGCCAGUUAGUGACUGA